AUGGAGCUGCCUGCGAACGCUGAAUGUAAUAAUAUUUCGCCGUACCUGUAUGAGCCUGAAUGCGGUACGUGUGUCAGUUCAUCUAACAGUAGUGAAGGUGAAACUGACGAAGAAUUGGACGUUGAAGAACAGGUUCUUGGACCCAAACCAUCGAACUGGUGCCAGUGUGGAAAAUGCGUCCAAACGACUGUAAUAGAGUCUGUAUGCUGUUGCAGCAUUGCCCUUGUCCAGGCUAGGAUGAUGGAGCAGCAAGUCAGCUGUAUUUCUGACCAUGAGGGUUUUAAGUCCAACUGCCUUAACCACUGGGUCAUUGAGACGAGUUUUUUCGAGUUCCUGCAACGUGAAGGCCCACCACUUGAAGAUACACCAAUGAAUGAAACUUAUCGGUAUGUUUCAUACCGAAGAUUUGCAAGAUUCAUAUGGAAGCACCUGCCGAAACAUUCCAGGAAAGUGCUGCCAUCAUGCGUGGUGAAUGCCAUUCGCCAGGCAUUUCCCUCUGAGGAAUAUUGCGGGUUUAAAUAUGCCUCAGUGUGA